AUGGAGUCCAAAAUUACUAUGGGUGAUCAAGAAGAUCUACCAACAAAUUCAAUAGAAGAAGUUGAUCCACAAGACCAAGAUGUCGGGCCAGGAGUUAGAUCAUACGAAUGCGUAUUUUGCAAGCGUGGGUUCACCACGGCGCAAGCGUUGGGUGGACACAUGAACAUCCACAGGAAAGAUAGAGCCAAGAGUAAGCCUAAUUUGUUGAGUAGUAACAACUCAAAUAAACAAGAAGAUAAUAGUUUCUAUGCAUACCCUAGGUUCUACCAUCCGGUUUUCACAAGCUUCCCUCAAACUUUUAUUCCUAAUUAUCAAGAGGGAAACUUUCAUCACCCAACAAAUCUUUCAUCCACAUCAAGUAUCGCGCAAUCAAUAGAUCGUGAAAACGAUCAUCAAGAUGUUCAUGGAGUCAUCACGGGUCCAUCAAGGGAGGAAAAGAUGAUGACUUUAGGCUUACAAUUUGGGUGGUCAGGAGAAGAUGAUAAAGGAUCAAGAAGAAGAAUUCGAAGUGGAAGUGAAGAAGAUGAACUCGAUUUGGAGCUUCGGCUUGGCCAUGAUCCAUGA